UGUGAAAAUGGGUUCCAAAUCCUUUCUGAGAGUGAGUUGUUUACAGAGGGAGACAGCGUCAGUGUCCAAGUUGAGCUUUGACGACAACGUCGUUACUGCAAUAAGCAAUUCAUUCAGAGAGGGAUGGAAUUGGGAAACCAUAACCCGCAAGUUCGGUUGCCUCCAAUUAAACGAUUCAACAGUGGAAAAGGUGCUGUUGGAACUCAAAGCUCCCACCGACGCAAAACCUGCGUUGGGCUUCUUCCAUUGGGCGGCGAAGAGGAACGGCUUCGAACACGGCACCCGCUCUUACUGCAUUGCAAUCCACGUUUUAUUGGGAGCCAGGUUGCUCACCGACGCCAAAGCACUACUCGAAUCGCUUUCCAUCAAGCACAUCCACUCCACUGCGCUCGUCGAUUCUCUCGUUGACACGUCUCGUGUGGUUCCCUGUUCUAGCCCUCUCGCGGUUAACCUGUUGAUUCAGGCGUACGCAAAGACGAGGAUGACGGACGUCGCUUUCCACGUUUGCCGUUACGUGCAGGAACGCGGAUUCUCCGUUAGCGUCGUUAGUUUCAACGCUUUGCUUCACGUUGUUCAGAAAUCUCCGAAGUGCGGGUUUGUGUGGGAAGUUUACGAAUACAUGAUUUCUAGAAGGACUUACCCUAAUGCAGUGACUUUGAGGAUCAUGAUCCAUGCUCUGUGUAAGGAAGGGGAAUUACAGAAGAUUGUUGACACGUUGGAUCGAAUCGUGGGGAAAAGGAGUGAAGCUUCUUCUCCUUCUACGAUUGUUAAUUGCAGCUUGAUAUUGAGAAUCUUCGAGAAGGGACACGUGGAAGAAGGAGGAGAAAGCACGGUGGUGGUUUUGUUGAAGAGACUGUUGCAGAAGAAUUUGAUUCAUGAGUCGGUUGCGUAUUCUCUGAUUGUUCAUGCUAAGGUCACGUUGGGGAGUUUGGAUUCUGCGUGGGAGUUAUAUGAGGAAAUGGUGAGAAGGGGAUUUCAGGGGAAUUCUUUUAUUUACACGUCGUUUAUUGGAGCUUUUUGUAGAGAUGGAAGAAUUGAAGAAGCCAUUGGUUUGAUGCGCGAAAUGGAAGAGAGGGGGUUGAGGCCGUAUGGCGAGACCUUCGAGCAUGUUGUUGUCGGGUGUGCGGAUUCGGAACGGUUGGAGGAGUGCCUGAGUUUUUUUGAGAAGAUGUUGAGUGUUGGGGUUCUGCCCAGUUGUUUGGCGUUCAAUAAGAUGGUGGAGAAGCUGUGUGAGAGAGGGAAUGUGGAGCAAGCAAAUAGCAUGUUAACAGUGUUGUUGGAUAAAGGGUUUUUGCCCAAUGAUGUUACGUACUCUUGUCUGAUGCAGGGUUAUGCUAGAAAGGAUGAGGUUGAGGAUGUCCUCAAGCUGUAUUACGAAUUGGAGUAUAGGUCUAUGAGUCCUGGAUUAUCUGUUUUCGCGACCAUAAUUCAGAGUUUGUGCCAUUGUGGAAAGGUUGAAGAGGCAGAGAAGUAUCUCAGUAUAAUGAGAGGUCGUUUGUUGACCCCAGAUGCGACUGUAUAUAAAGCAUUGAUUGCUGGCUACAUGAAGAAGAGUGACACUGCUAGGGCUCUUCACUUUUACAAUGCAAUGGCUUCUUUGGCGUUGUAACCUUGUUUUCUUUUAUAUUCUAAUAGUUAUUAUAUUUGAGAUUGUGAACCUGGCAAAUCAACUUCUACCUCCAUUGCCACAAGGAAUCAUUUCACUUCCUGUCAGCUCCAACUUAUUUGUGAAGGGUCCUGUGGUGAAAAAGUCUCCUGCUGGCAGUUCUGUGAUACAAGAAAAACACAAAUGAAAUGCUGAUGAGAUAUGGACGUGGCUGAGCAGGAGAGCAAUCCUGAUAUCAUGCUUCUUGCGGCCAGGGCGCUAACCCAUCUUUGUGAUGUGCUCCCUUCAUGUUGUGCUGCUGUUGUGCAUUAUGGGGCGGUGUCUAUCUUCUGCGCAAGAUUGCUUACCAUUGAGUAUAUGGACUUGGCUGAGCAGGUUGUUUCGUAGUCAGUCAAUCUCUUUUAAACGAUUAAAUAAUGUAUCUGGAAUGUCGAACAAUGCUACGGUGUUUUGUGUUGAAUUCUUUUUAGAAAUGUGUUACGCUACUACUUGUGAGGUUCUAAAGUGCUUAACCUUAUGUUGGUGUCUGUCGUCCAAGGAUAUGCAUUUGUUUAUCUAUGUUCAGGCCUGCCUGUCUUGAGACGAGGUUCUCAUUAUUUGAUACACCUUGUGGUUCUUCUUGGUUCUGAAUUCUGAUAGACAUUGUUGUUGACAUGAACAGUCUCUUCAAGCUCUAAAGAAGAUUUCUCAGGAGCACCCAACUGCCUGUCUUCGAGCUGGAGCUCUGAUGGCUGUGCUUUCUUAUUUGGAUUCCUUCUCAACCGGAGUUCAGAUAACUCAUCAAUGAAAUCCUUACAUCUAUAUGAUGAUUAUAGUUUUUGAUGGGUGACAAAUCGAUUUGCAUUUACGCCCUUAAUCAGCACGCCUAUAUUGAUGUAAUCACGUGUUUUGGUGGGGGGCAUUGUCUAAUGCCGCAAAUAUGUGCAUGAAGCUUCCUUCUGUUGCAGCUGACUUUGUGAUGGAAGCCGUACCUCUUUUGACAAACCUACUUCAGUACCAUGAUGCAAAGGUUCUGAGGGAUGAUUCUCUUCCUGUCUGCUUGCCUGACAAAGUACAUGAUGUGAAAUUGGGUGACUCAGCUGAGGAGAGUACUGUUGCUCCAGCAACAAGUGACAGUCAGACUAAUGUAGCCUCAGGUUCUAGCAGCAAAGCUGGUACAGCCAGGGGAUCUGAUUCUGCAGAUUUUAGGAGCGGGUAUUCUUCUAGCUCUAGGGGUGCAAUGUCAUUUGCUGCUGCUGCCAUGGCUGGAUUUGGAUCUGCUAAUGGCAGAGGUUUCAAGGGUGGCAGAGAUAGGCAUGGGCGUCUGUUGUUUGGCAGCUCUAGUGAUCCUCCAAAGUUGAUAUUAACUGCUGGUGGGAAGCAACUUAACAGGAAUUUGACUAUUUAUCAGGCAAUUCAAAGACAGCUUGUGCUAGAUGAAGAUGAUGAGAGAUUUGCUGGCAGUGACUAUGUAUCCAGUGAUGGAAGCAGUCUGUGGGGGGACAUUUACACCGUCACUUAUCAGAGGGCUGAAAACCAGACAGACAGGGUCUCUAGUGGAGGAGCGAGUUCAAAUGCUUCAAAAUCUGCCAAAUCUGGGUCUGCCUCAAAUUCCAGCUCAGAACCUAAAUUGCGUCAGACAUCUGUUCUAGACAGUAUAUUGCAGGGAGAAUAUAUGUAUUUGUCACCUGAAACUCUGUAAACGUUGGUUUGCCACCAAAUUCCAUUGAAACUCUAAUAAUUAAUAUAAGUAUUAGGUGUUAGAGCUUUUAAGGACGAUAAUAAUUUUGGAUUGGUUUGUAUUGAGUUGGUUGAAUGUAAUGAACUUAUAAUCCCUCUUAUUUGUAGCAUAGUUGUUAAUUGGACAAAUGUACGUCAAAAAAUAAUAAAUAAUUU